AUGCUACCAAAAUCUACGAUAUCAUCAUUCCUUAGGAGGACUGCACAUUCAGAUCCGAAGUUCUAUUACCGCACAAAAACAAUCUACAAGAACAACGUGACCAUUGUGUACCUGUUCUUUCUUCCCUCGUGCGUGGUUAUUGCAACCGCACCGCCCAGGCAGUCGCAGUCAUCAAAGCACGACCUUGAGCAGCUAGAAACGAUCGAAUACGACCAACUGACAUUCACAAGGGAAGAUAACAUGUACAUAGAGAUGAAAUGGAACGAGCAGUUUCUGCUGAUUGGGUUUAAAGACGAGAUCAACAUGGAGAAAUUCUGUGUGAAGGUGAACAGCCUUGGCGUAAAGGUGGGAAAAAGAGUAGGGAAAAGGGUUGUUGGAAACGAUGAGGGUGAAACAGUCUCUUAUAAGCUUGACAAUGAGAGUAUUGAUCAUAUAAGUACGGACACAGCGUAUGAGGUGUUCAGCAUAGGAAGCCAAAGGAAUAGAGAAGCGAAAGAGAGCAGACAAGACUGCAAAAGCAGCAAGGACAGCAAAAGUGUCAAAGACAGUAGAAGCACCAGGGACAACAAAAGUACCAAAAGUGGCAAAGACAGCAAAAACAGCAGGGAAGGCAAACGUAGCAAAGAAUCGACAAAACACGACCCGUCAUACAUCGAUCAGUGUACCAGCAGAAAAGACUUGAGGGCUAAAUACGAUCUGCGCCGCGUGUACGGCAAUGAAUGCUCAGCAGACACGGAGAACAACAGUAAAAGAAAUAAUUCGGACAAAAAGCACACAAAAAGUGACAGGGCCGGUCCGAGUUCAAGAAUGAAACACUAUGCAUCGGUCCAGGAGAUAGACUCUCUCAUAAAAUCACAGAUAGAGUUCGGUGACCUGAACUUUUUUGUUCUCACCGAGCCCAUUUACAGCUAUUUCUGCAGACGGGUUAUGUUAAGGCUGUGUGAACACUUUGAUAGCAAGAAUAGAAAGGUGAAGAACAACGGCUAUAAUAUCAAUCUGAACGAGCAUUUCAUACUGUUUGUGCGACGUGGAGGACGGUUGUACCGCUUGGACAAUGAAAAUGAUUUUGCUGCUGCUGUUACGUGCUUAAACAGAGAGCUUGAUGUUGUGGUCAAAAACAGAGAGUGA